ACACACACAAAGUUCCUGCAGCUCUGAUCAGAUCCAACAAGCCGAUUCUUCUCUCUUCGUCAAGCGUCAAGUAGUUCCAGAGAAUUGCAUUGCAAGUUCGCCAACAUCUUAGGUUCCUACCUUCUCCGAAUUCAGUUAGCCCGCUGGGAUAUGCGAGAGGGAGUUGGACACUGAACCAUUUGAACAUAUGCGUAUAUCGUGACCAUUGUGUCAAAGAUAAAACUUUCUUCCUUGAAAUUCCCAAGCAAGGAAGCUGUCCAUCACAAGGGGUACUCGUAUUUUUCAAAAUCCCUGUUGAGUAAAUAAAGGCUGUGAUUACUAGAUCGCAUGCUUUGUCAGAGUGGUCUGUGAAUGGAAGCCAAAAAGGUUUGCUGGUGAGUUUAGAUUAUUGAUGGAGCAAAGAGUGCAGCUCCGUGGUGGUACAAUAGAAGCUAUAACCAAUCAGGUAGAUGUAGACAGAGAACAGGUUUUAGAGCCGUUUGAUAUUGAAAAUGAGACCGGGAAGGAGACAAACGGCUCCAGAAGUUUUGAUGUUGGUUACAGUUCCGGUGAUAACCUCGAAACAUUGCCUAAAGCGUCAAAAACGGAUAUCUCUCCUGCUGACGUGCUUAAAACACUGUUCUUUAUACUUGUAUGGUACACUUUCAGCACAUUUUUGACUCUGUACAACAAAACUCUCUUAGGAGAUGAUUUAGGGAAAUUUCCUGCUCCCUUAUUAAUGAAUACCAUUCACUUUUCUAUUCAAGCUGUUUUAUCAAAAAUGAUAACAUGGUAUUGGUCGGGGAGAUUUCAACCUGAUGUUACCAUAUCAUGGAGAGACUAUUUCGUUAGAGUUGUACCAACAGCGCUUGGAACUGCUAUGGAUAUAAACCUAAGUAAUGAGUCACUUGUCUUCAUAUCGGUUACAUUUGCAACAAUGUGCAAAUCUGCAGCCCCAAUAUUUCUUCUUCUGUUUGCUUUUGCCUUCAGGCUGGAGUCUCCAAGCCUGAAACUUUUUGGCAUUAUUUCAGUGAUCUCAGCAGGAGUGUUGUUAACAGUUGCAAAGGAGACAGAAUUUGAGUUUUGGGGUUUCGUUUUUGUCAUGCUUGCUGCUGUCAUGUCUGGUUUCCGCUGGUGUAUGACACAAGUUCUUUUGCAGAAAGAAACCUUUGGCCUGAAAAAUCCAUUCAUAUUCAUGAGCUGUGUGGCACCAGUGAUGGCUAUAGUGACUGGUCUUCUUUCUCUCCUUCUGGAUCCAUGGAGUGAAUUUAGAGACAACAAAUACUUUGAUAGUGGAGCACAUUUUGCUCGAACUUGUUUUUUGAUGCUUUUUGGCGGAGCACUGGCUUUUUGUAUGGUUUUGACAGAGUAUGUCCUUGUUUCCGUAACCAGUGCUGUAACCGUCACAAUAGCAGGCGUUGUUAAAGAGGCUGUCACCAUAGUGGUUGCAGUGUUUUACUUCCACGACGAAUUUACGUGGCUGAAAGGUGUGGGUCUGAUGAUUAUUAUGGUUGGUGUCAGUUUGUUCAACUGGUACAAAUACGAUAAACUACAAAAGGGUCACAAAACAGAGGAUGAGACGCAGUUACAAGCUCCAAGUCAAACUGGAAAAUAUGUGAUUCUUGAUGAGAUGGAUGAUCAAGAAAAUAGUCCCUAAGAAUUUUAUUUUUUUUGGUUACAAUCACAUGAUCUGGUAAACCCCUUUUAGGCUGUUACAUCAUUAAUGUGGAAGCAUGUGGACCUUCCUUGAGAAAAUACUAUAAAAUACUUUUUAAGGC